GAGACAAAGGGCAAAUUGGUAAUUAGAGCAAAAGUUUCUCUCUCUCUCUCUCUCUCUCUCACCGUCUCGUUGCAGUUGACAAAUCAAUCACUGAUCAUCCUUCGAGGCCACGUCUCUGCAAAUCUGAAAUCUCUCUCCUCCUGAUACAAUCCCCGCACCUCUCAAAUCUUGGAAGGAUUAUCCCCUUACAAAUCCAAGCCCAAGAUCUCUCCACAUUUCCCUCACAGUCCUCCGAGAAAACCCUCCAAAACGAUGUCAUUUGAGGAGGACGAGGAAUCCAUGGAGCAUACUCUCCUGGUGGUACGGGAGGUUUCCGUCUAUAAAAUUCCUCCACGGUCCACCUCCGGCGGCUAUAAAUGUGGGGAGUGGUUACAGUCCGACAAGAUCUGGUCCGGUAGGCUUCGGGUCGUAUCGUGUAAGGACCGAUGUGAGAUCAGGUUGGAGGAUCCCAACUCCGGCGAGCUGUUCGCAGCAUGUUUCGUACACCCGGGUCAUCGCGAGACCUCGGUGGAGACGGUUCUAGACUCUUCUCGGUAUUUCGUGCUUAAGAUCGAGGACGGAAGAGGGAAGCAUGCAUUUAUCGGGCUAGGGUUUGCAGAGAGAAAUGAGGCAUUUGAUUUCAAUGUGGCAUUAUCGGAUCAUGAGAAAUACGUGAGGAGAGAACACGAUAAGGAGGUUGGGGAGACGAGCGAGAGCGAUACUCACAUAGAUAUACAUCCUGCUGUUAAUCACAGAUUGAAGGAAGGUGAAACCAUUCGGAUAAAUGUGAAGCAUAAACCAUCUGGUGGAACUGGAAUGCUUUCAGCUGCAGGACUAUCUGGGGCUCAUUCUGGAAACGGAAAGCCUAAACCUCUUGGCCUUUCUCCUCCACCAGAUGGGGCAGGAAAAAUUAGGUCUCCCCUCCCACCCCCUCCAAAUGAUCCAGCUGCUGCACGAAUGACUGCUGCUAAUAAUGGUGUUGCUAUCAAAGCACCUAAUGAAAAUGCAAAACAUUCUACAGAUCCUUUGUCAGAUCUUUCUCCACUUGAGAUGAAUCUUCCUUCAGCAACAUCUGGUUCGACAACGACGUCUGCAUCAGGAUGGGCGGCUUUCUAGUUUUCUGGGAUAUGUAUUUAGUGUAAAAUUGAAACAUCUGUUUGAUUUCUUCUUUCAAAAAAGUGAAAAUCAACAAUAUUAAUAGAAUUGACAAAAAGAAAGAAAGCAAAUCCAAAUAGGUUCAUGUGUGGAAAAUAAUGUUUAAUGGAAUACAUGGAUGCUUUUGUCUUCCUACGUGAACUUUGAUUGAUUGUCCCAUUUCUACACAUAAUGGAAAAUUUGAAUUAUGUUGCA